AUGGAACCGGAGCAGAUCACGGUGCUCCUUCCUGACAUGUUCCAGACGUUCCUCAAGCAGCCGCCUCGCAUCAAUCCUCACUACCAAUCGGUUAAGUUGGAGUCUGAAGAAGGGCUUGCGAGGUUCUGCUCUUUCGAGCCGAGCAUGAGGAAGAGAGUGAACAAAUGCGACUUUUCAUACUUUUGUGCCAUUGCCGCUCCCUUUGCCUCUCGAGCGAGAUUUCGUACCAUCUGCGAUUGGGGGAACUGGGUAUUUCCAUACGAUGACAUGUUUGAUAAUGGGCAUCUUCGCAACGAGCCGGAAGAAUCUCAACGCGUCAUGGAGAGCCUCAUGAUGCCCAUGUUGGGCAAUACGGCGAAUUUGAACUCUCAAGACCGGCUUCGCAUCGUGCAGUUUCACGACACGGUCGUUGAGAGAAUGGCUCUAAGAACACCAAAAGGCGUGCAGAGAAGAUUUGCCCUUGCCAUGCAGGGAUACUGCCGAGGCGCUCUCACCCAAAUCGAUCAUCAAUUCUCUGGAAAGAUCCCGACACUGGAGGAAAUUGCCAUGAUUCGCCGAGAGUCUGCUGGAUGCAGGCCUCUAUACUACCUUGUUGAAUACGCACAUCGCCUCCGAGUGCCGGAUGAGGUGUUUGAGCAUCCCAUUAUCCAGGAGCUGGAGAAUCUUGGCCAGGAUAUGGCAGAGGGCGUACCGCACAACAUGGUCACAGUCUGUCGACGGAACGGCAUGUCGGCACAAAAGGCAUUCAACACAGUCGGCAGGCUCCUCGAGCGCCGCUAUGAGCGAUGGGACAAAGCCGAGGCAAGCCUUCCGAGCUGGGGCAGGGAGGCUGAUGUUGAGGUCCGAAAGUACAUUGAGGGCAUCAAAUGUGUUGUCAAGGCCAAUCUCAAUUGGAGUUUCAAAUCGGAGCGCUACCUCGGCGCAAAUCCUGAAGUGGUUCGAGCCACUCGGAAAGUUCACAUUCUGGCAGAUUCGCCUCCCAUUGGCGUUUGA